UGGCACUUUACUGUGUUUGAAAAAUAAGCACAAACUCAAUUUUCGUAGCUGUAUUGUUGAAUUGUUAAAACAAACCAUUGAAUUGAUAUAAAGGAGAUUUUUGGACAUGCGUGUAAAUGGAUUUUUGGAUUAUUAAUCUAGUUAAUCUUUUAUUGAAAAACCUUACUAAGACAGCGUCAAUUUAACAAACUGAAAGAAAAAUCCAUCAUCCAUCUAUUCACAUCUUGAUAUAGAAGAAAAUGGAAGGGUCCAAGAUGGAAGAGCAAAUAAUAACGGAUCAAACCUUACAACCUAUUGUUAUUGAGUGGAUGAUUAAACUUCAGCAAGGAAUAUUGACUGCUACCGAUAUUCGUUCUUACUGGGCUCGCACAGUUCCUAAAAUCUAUAGUCCAUCUCGAGAUUGUAACUGUUUAAAUAUUCAAUUUGAUGAAGAGAAAGCAAAAUCGACUCUUCUUUUACCCUUGGAACAAUUCUUGACUUUAAGUGAUAAUCCCAAAGAAGUAUGUGAAAACCUCAAAAAAACUGAUGCCGAUCCGAUGCUUUGUGGUAAAAUGUUCAAAAAUGGGGAACCAGUCUACUCUUGUCGGGACUGUGGGCUUGAUGCUUCCUGUGUCCUUUGCGUGGACUGUUUUAAACGAAGCGCUCAUCGUAAUCAUAAAUACAAAAUGUGUAUGAGCUCAGGUGGAGGCUACUGUGACUGCGGGGAUUCCGAAGCUUGGAGAGCACAUGUCUUCUGUGAUGAGCAUCUUAAGGGAAGUCAAAAGGCUGGUGAAGAGGAAGACCCAAAAAACAGGUUAAAUCCUGAUCUUGUUCGAAGAGCUGAAAUCAUCAUGAAAACUGUGGUACAUUAUUGUUUUGAAAUUUUAGAAUGGGAAAAUUCAACAGUCUUACCUGAAAGCUUACAAGUAAAAUCA